AUGGCGCUAUUAGAUGGUGAAAACAUUGAGCACUUAGAAAUCUCCUCUAAUGAGGUGGCAGAUGAAGAGGGUUGGACCAUGGAGGAUGUGAAGGAGAACCCAGAAGAUAUUGAAGAGGAGGUGUUGCCAGAGAACAUCACUCUCCUGCUUCCCUCCUCACUUGGCAUUGAGCAAUGCAAGAUGGUGGGAUGGGAGAGCAUUGCACAGCAGGAGUUACAGCUACGGGUUGGCCAAGCCAAUGACUGUCUUGAAGACUUGUGA